AUCUUUUGGGUUUUUCGGACACAACAUCUUCCACUGCAUCAUCUGCUCUGCUCUACCAGUUUCUCCUCCUCUUCUCAGGUCAAUUGGCUUCUAUCUCACGAGACAUCUUGUCGCUGCGUCGUUCUGUUGCCUCGCUCGAGUCAUCAUUGUCUGCAGUUGAGUAUAAAAUCGCUUUGCUUAUCUUAUCAACGCUCAUGAAUCGAUUUUGGCACAGUUCAAAGACGAAGCAUUGCAGACACAUACCAGGGCGUCAUUUGAUAGCGAGGAAUUGGGUCGAAAAUUACACCACCUGUCCAGCAUCAUGACCGUCCAGGAGGGUCAAGUGAGCGCGCUGCGUGACACGGUCGGUACACUGCAGCCGUGCACAAUCCACGUUAGUCCAGACCGCCAACCACUUGCUGAACGCGCGCGGAGUUACACAGAGUUUGACGCUCCCCAGAAAUGUCUUCGUGUUCAAUUCACUACUCAGAUUCAGGAACACAUCGAGUGCAAGAAAGACUACGCUGCUUUGCGUCAGGACCUUCAAAAACUUUCGGACUUGGCUUCGAUAAAUGAUACUAAGACCAGUGUAUCGCUGGAUCACCUUCGUGGUCAGAUCGUUGACCAGGUCAAAGAUCAAAAUCGCACCGAGAAAGAAGUUGCACUCUUGCGCGAACAGAUGACAAGGAAAUUUGGGGCGUUUCAGUCCAGAGUAUCUUCUCUUACACUAGACGCCGUAAAGGUACAUCAUGGCGUUCGAUUAUCGGACCAGGCUGCCAAAGAAGCUCGUCGGGCAAAAGCGAUGGCGGCGGUGGGCCAUCGUAUUAUGCAGCUUCAAGACACCAUCCCGCAGAAUAAUGAAAAUGAUGCGGUAGUUCCGUCCCCGUGUUCUUCACCAAUUUCGGUUGGGCGCUUCCAGGUGGAUUUAUUCAAUGUCUCGACGUCACCGUUUUUUCAUGAUUGUUGACAUGUGCUCGUCUCUUGACCAAUAGGACUCUGACGUAUUCAAGACUUCGUCACCCUGUGUCCAAUGGGUUAGGACUACUACUCCUUCCGACACCAAGGUACUGCAUUCAUUACCCCCAUCUCGGGAAUACAUAAAUUGCAAGGAAAAUGUGGAUGGUAUCCAUUCUCCCUCCACC